AUGAUGGCGUGGUCAACACACGACUCGACUAUCCCGGAGUCCACAUUUCCAUGGUCUGAUAUCGAGCUGGGGGAUUGGAGAACCGAGUAUCUCAAACAGCCCGACACUCUUUUCAUGUCCCCGUCGCCGGAUCCAUCGACCACCGCGAGGACGCCCACAGCUCAACCUCCUUUAUACAAUUAUCAGCUGCAGCUUCCCUCCAGCCAGUUGCCCUCUACGCCGGUUGCCCUUGGGACAAUGUUGUCUCCUGCUCUUUCUUCGUCGUAUCUAGAGCCAAGCACCGUCAAGCGGUCCACCAGCAACCACAGCCCAAGGUCCGUUCCAACCAAGGCGACCGCCACCAUACUCUCCCCAGCAAGCCUCUACGAUGCUAGAUGUCCCAGUCCUUGGGAUGAUCUACCAGUCUCAACCCCCAGAAUACAAGAGACACUUCAGCUGGAUGAACCGAGGACGGAGCCUAGCCAGGCGAAAAUGCCGUGUCUUUCUCGUCGCCCUGCAGCCAAAAGAAAGUGUGUAUCUUCUUCUCCUAAAGCUAUCGUAAUCAUACGCAUAUGCUGA